UCCUAUAUAAACCCUAAUUUCUCGCCUUGAUAAGUUCAUCGUCGGAUCUCUCUGUCUCUCUGUAGUAUUAUUAUCUUCUCUGCUCGAAAACGAAGAUCCUAUCUUUUUGAAGCUCAUUAGUUCGAAACAUGGAUGUGACUGGAGGCUAAACCUUGAAGCUUGGCAUGGCCUUCGCUGGUGAUUCUUUGUUCGAAAAAUCCGUCCUUGCGUUUGUAGAGUCGGAGAUGUGUGCGAGAGGAACUGGUUCUAAUUUCAGAGGGAUUGAAGAACGCAACUACUUUAGGAGCAAAGCUUUUGGUAUGGAAUAUGAAUUGGACUGGACCGAGCAUCAGAAUUCACUAGUAGCGACUGCGACAGUAAUCUGUUCUUCGACGUCUUUUAUUCCUUGGUCUUUGAAAAUCCCCAUAGGCGACGGGUUUCACGAGUUCCUUUAAUAGUUUCUUCUCAUCUUCCGAAACAUUAGUUAGUCAUUCUUUGGAGAUACAAUAAAUUACCUGAAGAUUCUUUGGCCAUACGAGAAAUUCUUUGAAGAUGCAUUGUCUUGUAAGUGGGAAGAAAAGGACCAGUCUGGGUUUCGCUUCCUGGUUGUCUGAUGAUUUUCGAGACAACCCUUUGAUUCCUGGACUGCCUGAUGACGUAGCGAAACUCUGUCUCACGCUUGUUCCACGAGCCGACUUCCCGUCCAUGGGAAGUGUCUCUAAGAAGUGGAGGUUCUUUAUGCAAAGCAAAGAGUUCAUUACUGUGCGGAAAUUAGCUGGAGUACUUGAGGAAUGGCUCUAUGUCUUGACAAUGGACUGCGAGGGGAAAGAAAGCAACUGGGAGGUUAUGGACUCGUCGGGACAUAAGCGCUCAUUUCUUCCUCCGAUGCCUGGUCCCGCAAAAUCUGGUUUUGGGGUCGUUGUCCUUAACGGAAGGCUUCUUGUCCUAGCUGGUGUCUCAGUGACAGACGGUGCUCGUGUUGCAUCGGCCGAUGUUUAUCAGUACGAUUCCUGUCUGAACAACUGGAGCAAACUCCCGGAACUAAACGUAGCCCGCUAUGGCUUUGCCUGUGCUGAGGUGAACGGCCUCGUUUAUGUUGCGGGAGGUCACGGCAUAGAGGGGAACAGUCUAUCGAGUGCCGAGGUUUAUGAUCCACAAACCGGCAAAUGGACUGUCAUAGAUUCCCUACGACGUCCCAGGUGGGGCUGUUUCGCAUUUGGGUUUAAUGGGAAGUUCUACGUCAUGGGUGGAAGAUCAAACUUCACAAUCGGUAACUCGAAGCUUGUCGAUAUCUACAACCCUGAACUCGGAUCCUGGCGAGAAAGCAAGAACGGUUUAACUAUGGUUACUGCUCAUGCUGAAAUGGGAGAGAAGCUUUUCUGUAUUCAGUGGAAGAACCAGAGGAAGAUGGUAGUGUUUAAUCCCGAGGACGAGUCAUGGGACGAGGUGGAUAUUCCGCUUUCGGGAAGCUCGAGGGCCGGGUUUCAGUUCGGGAAGCUGGGCGGCAAGCUUCUGCUGUUUCCAUCUCGGGAAGAAAACAGUCACAACACCUUGCUGUAUGACCCGAAUGCCGAUCCCGCCGCCGAGUGGAAAACUUCUCAGAUCAAACCAUUUGGUUCAUGUGUCUGCAGUGUGACAAUCACUGUCUGAGAAACUCAUCUCCGGGUUUUUUUACUCGUUUUUAUUUCUUGUCAGAUCCGAAAAUGUGAGACCUCUGUUUCGGUUUCACGUUCUUGAAAGGGAGCUUUUUUUUUUUUAUUAUUUACAGUUUGUUUGAAGAAUCGACCAAACUCGAGAGAUCUGUGAGUUGUCGGUCUUUGUAACAUAAAUCUUCUUUGUGUUUUAAGUCUGGACUUCAUUGUCUCAAGGCUUCAA